UUGGCUUGCUUUAGCUACAUGCAGUUGGAUGUUUCUAUUACCUUUAUAAAAUGGGAUGAGUUGCUUUGAAUAUAUACUUGAUAAUUAUUAAAGCUUCAUCUUCUUCUCUAAGACAUUAAAACGCCAUGGCUUCUUCUCAGCAAAAUGAUUCUUCAUCAAAUCAUGAAGAAGAAGCUGACAUCUUGCAAGCCAUGCAUUUGGCUUCCAUUUCAUCACUCCCUUUCACUUUGAAAGUUGUCGUCGAUCUUGGCUUGUUAGAGAUUAUAGCCAAAGCUGCCGACACUCCUCCUGGUACGGUGUCGAUUGCUGAUAUCGUCUCUAAGCUUCCCACCAAUAAUCCAAACGCCCCUUCCAUUGUUGAUCGAAUGCUCAAGCUUUUGGCUGCUCACUCCAUCUUAACGUGUAAUCAAAUCACUGGCCAAGAUGGGCUGACUCAAAGAUCAUAUGGUCUUUCAUCAGUCGGAAAAUACUUCCUUCAAAACAAAGAUGGAGUCUCCUUUGUUCCUAUGUUACGUAUCCUCCUCGAAAAAUACAUCGUCGAAUGCUGGAAAUUCUUGAAGGAUGUGACGUUGGAGGGAGGAUUCUCAUGCAAGAAAGCAUUUGGGAAACACUUAUUUGAGCUGCUAGCUGAUGAUGAUGAUAUGUCAGAAUGUUUCAAUCGACAAAUGUCAAUUGAAACCACUUUAACAAUGAACCAAGUUCUUAAAAAUUACAAAGGAUUUGAGGGUGUGAGCCAAGUGGUCGAUGUGGGAGGUGGAGUUGGUACCAACCUUAAGCUCAUUGUUUCAAAGCAUCCACAGAUUAGGGGUAUUAAUUUUGACCUACCCCAUGUCAUUAAAGAUGCAGUUCCUUGCCCAGGUAAUAUUAUAUUGGUCAAAUUCUACUAUGGAGAUAUGUUUAUGGAAAUUCCUAAAGCGGAAGUUAUUUUCUUGAAGUCGGUUCUUCAUGACUGGGGCGAUGAUCAAUGCUUGAAGUUACUCAAAGUUUGUCACGAUGCAUUGCCUAAAAAUGGUAAAAUCGUAUCGGUGGAAGCCAUAACACCAGAAGUGCCAGAGACAGACAUUUUAUCGAAAACAAUCUUGGAAAUAGACAUAGUUUUAUAUCACGUUCUUCCUGGUGCUAAAGAGAGGACCAAACAAGAGUUCGAGGCAUUGGCCAAACAAGCUGGUUUCUCUUCUUUGAAAAUUGUUUGUCGUGCUUAUAGCCAUUGGGUUAUGGAAAUUUGCAAAGCUGAUUGAUUGAUUUCAACGACUUAGAUUAAUCAAUCCUCAUCAUCUUUGCCAUUAUCGCCUUUGAAUGUUUUCUUAAAUAAUAAAAUGUUUUAUUUAUGUUUAAGGCUUAA